UCUAAAAAAAUACAUAAGCAUUAAGAAAAUAUAAAGAUAAUUCCAUUGUGAAUAUAAAACCUACAAUAUAAUAAUAAGUGUUUUCUUAUAUAAAAUAUAUAUACAUAUAAAUUAUUAAUUUAUAAUUUUAAUGGAACCAUAUAUUUACAUCGAAUUUUCUAAAAAAAUAUUAUCUUAUUAUUUUAUCAAUUUGUGUUAAAUUUUGAACGAGCCCAAACUAGAACCGAUGAAAUUUAUUAAUUUAUAAAAAAUAUUAAUUUAUUGAGUAUUAAUUUAUAGAGAUUUUACUGUAGUUGUUGGUAAGGGAGGGAUCUUCUUUCCUCCGUAAGACUCCACCACCUCUAUAUGCAAGCAAAGCAAGCAUUGGCUUGGGACCUUUUAAAUAUUAAUUAUUUUAGUCUAUUGUAGUCUGGUGGUUUUUAUAUUCUCUUCCCACAUCCUUACGUCAUAGGAUCAAACCAUUGUUUUAAAAACCGGACUGGUUAGCGAAUCAAAAAUGUUUUGGAUCAUGGGUCAUUGCAGUCAUUAAUUAUUUUUGAUAAUCAAAAUAUACAUCUCUUAAAUUAUAUUUGGUUAAAUAUUUUAAACCAAACUCGACUGUGUUAACAUUUGUUGAUUCGGUUCGGAUUUAGAUUUAUUUUUACCAUCUUUAUUACUUGAUAAAUAUUUUUAAUAAACAUAAAUAGUAAAUUUUAUGGGUCAAAACUAGGCUAUUGUUAAUAACAAUAUAUGAAACUAAUCCCCCUUUCUAAAAGAAUUAUUAAAACAUUUAUUUCUAUAUAGUAAAUUCCAAAAUCAAAUAAUAUAAUUAUUUUUAAUAUUAUCUUUGUCCCUAAUGCUGCAAAUAUAUAUUUUUUAAAAUUCCUAUAUCUUUUAAAUUUAGUUCAAAAACUAAUAUCUUUAUUUUUCCGCUUAAAGCUAUAAGUCAAAAAUGAAAGAAAACAAAUAUAUAGAAAUCCAUAGAAGGGGGAGCCGGUUCAGGGUCUGCGUGAUUAUGUUUGGGAACGCCUUACACGAAUUGGUAUUACCAGAGUGGAGCCAUGGUUUGUUAUUGGGGAUCUCAAUGAAAUAACGGGUAAUCAUGAAAAGGAUGGGGGAGCGAUUCGCCAUGCAUCAACCUUUCUUCAAUUUAAUAAUAUGAUUGCAAACUGUGGUCUUCUGGAAUUUCCUUCAAAAGGAAAUACUUUGUCAUGGAGUGGGAAGCGACAAGGACAAACGGUCCGGUGUCGAUUAGAUCGGGCUUUAGGAAAUGUCGAAUGGCAUAAUAUGUUCCCGUCAGCUUUUGUGGAAUAUUUAGGAAUGAUCGGAUCAGAUCACAGGCCCAUUGUUGCAAGUUUAGAUGAGAAAUUAAUCAAAGUAAGGAAACAAUUCCGGUUUGAUAAGCGAUGGAUUGGUAUGGAGGGGCUUAUGGAUUCCAUUGCACAGGGGUGGUCUACGGAAAAUCCACGGUAUAAUUCGGGUGUUGUAGAUAAAAUAGUAAAUUGUCGACACGAAAUUUCGGUUUGGAGGAAAAAUAACCCUCCCUAUGGUAAGGAAAAAAUAAAUUCGUUACAGAAGGCUUUGGAAGAAAUUCAGGGUGACAAUACUAAAACGUAUGAGGAGGUAUUAGAGGUAUCCAGGAAGUUAAAGGAAGCUUAUAGGGAUGAAGAACUUUAUUGGGAACAGAAAAGUAGAACGACUUGGCAUGCUAAAGGGGAUCGAAAUACUAAAUUUUAUCAUGCGCUUACUAAACAGAGGCAAAUCCAGAAUAAAAUUGUGGGGUUGCAUAAUAGUGGGGGUGACUGGGUUACAUCGGAAGAGGAGAUAGAAGGAGUUGCAGUUGAUUAUUUUAACGAUUUGUUUUCAACGACAUCACCAGUGGGUUAUGAAGAAUUUUUACAUGCGGUACCUACUCUGAUCACCGAGGAUCAGAAUAGGAUUUUAACUUCCUGGGCCUCAGAAGAGGAAGUGAGAUCAGCUUUAUUUAUGAUGCACCCAUAGAAGGCCCCUGGACCGGAUGGGAUGACGGCUUUGUUCUUUCAACAGGCAUGGUCGAUCAUCAAAAAAGAUAUUAUUGACAUGGUUAAUGAGUUCUUCAGGUCUGGAUCUCUGGAUGAAAGAAUAAAUAUGACCAAUAUUUGUCUUAUUCCAAAGACUUUAAGACCGAGUAGAAUGACGGAACUGCGUCCCAUCAGUUUAUGUAAUGUAGGUUAUAAAAUUAUUUUGAAGGUGUUGUGUCAACGGUUGAAGAGGUUUUUACCUCACCUGAUCUCGGAAACACAAUCUGCUUUUGUUUCUGGGCGAUUGAUCUCUGAUAACAUUUUAAUUGCACAAGAGAUGUUUCAUGGAUUGAGGACAAAUAAUUCAUGUAAAGAGAAGUUUUUGGCUAUAAAAACGGAUAUGAGUAAGGCAUAUGAUAGAGUUGAAUGGCCUUUUAUUGAAGCUAUAUUACUAAAGCUGGGUUUUGCACAACAAUGGGUUUCUCGGAUAAUGGCUUGCAUUUCUUCGGUACAAUAUAAAGUAUUAAUUAAUGGUCAACCAAAAGGACAUAUUAUACCGAAUAGAGGUUUGCGACAAGGGGAUCCUUUGUCGCCUUAUUUAUUUAUUUUAUGUACCGAAGCAUUAAUCGCAAAUAUUAGGAAGAAAGAAGAGGAAAAAAUGUUAACUGGGCUAAAGGUUGCACGUGCAAGUCCGGCAAUAUCUCACCUAUUAUUUGCGGAUGACAGUCUUUUUUUCUGUAAAGCUAAUAGGCAAGAAUGUGAGGUUAUUCUACAGAUUCUUAAAGAUUAUGAAUGUGCAUCAGGACAACAGAUUAAUUUUUCAAAAUCAUCCAUACAGUUUGGACAUAAAGUCCCUGAAGUAGCACGGCUGGAGGUUCAACAGAUAUUGGGUAUAACGACACUCGGUGGUAUGGGAACAUAUUUGGGGAUUCCGGAGAGUCUUGGAGGUUCUAAAACACAGAUUUUUGGGUUUCUUAAUGAAAGGGUUAAUCAUAAGGUUAAUCAUUGGACUCUUCGAUUCAUUACGAAGGGUGGAAAGGAGGUCUUGAUUAAAUCAGUGGCAUCUCCUAUGCCAACUCAUGUGAUGUCUUGCUUUCGUUUACCAAAAACGGUGACAAAGAAACUUACGAGUACAGUUGCUCAUUUUUGGUGGGGCGGUAGUGGUAAUUCCAAAGGUAUGCAUUGGUUUUCGUGGGACAAGGUGUGUAAAGAUAAAGCUGAAGGGGGCAUCGGUUUUAGAGAUAUUCAGAAUUUUAAUACAGCUUUAUUAGCGAAACAGCUAUGGCGUCUAAUUGAUAAACCUGAUUCGCUUUUUGCAAGAGUUUUCAAAGGACGAUAUUAUCGGAAUUCCGAUCCUUUGGAUCCCAUCAGAUCAUACUCUCCCUCGUAUGGGUGGAGAAGUAUUACAUCCGCUAGAUCUCUGGUUAACAAAGGGCUAAUCAAAAGAGUGGGAACAGGUUCAAGCAUUUCAGUAUGGAAUGAUCCUUGGAUCCCCGCUCCUCGCCCGAGGUCAGCAACCCCAAAAUUUACAAAUCAAUUUCUGAAUCCAUUACUUAAGGUGGAGGAUCUCAUUAAUCCAGUUGAUCUAUCUUGGAACCUGGAUCUACUCAAUGCAUAUGUUCAUCAGGACGAUGUGAGUACUAUACUGAGUCUAGCCAUUAGUAGGAAUCCUAAGCCGGAUUCAUAUGGCUGGCAUUUUACGGAUCAUGGUAGAUAUACAGUUAAAUCUGGAUAUCGUGCUGAGAAAUCUUAUCCUCAUAUGGGUGAACAAAAUAUUGAUAUGGGACCCAAUACCAAACCGCUAUUGGCUCAUUCGUGGAGGCUGCGGUGCUCACCAAAACUUCAACAUUUUGUCUGGCAAAUAAUUUCGGGUUGCUUACCAGUGUAUAAAAAUCUUUACUCACGUGGUAUUAAAUGUGAUACGCAGUGUCAGUUGUGUGGGGCUGAGGAGGAAUCUAUUAAUCAUGUCUUUUUUGAAUGUCCUUUCGCACUUCAAAUUUGGGCACUAUCUAAUGUUCCAUCUUGCCCAGGGAUUUUCCCGACCUCAUCUAUUUUUACGAACAUGGAUUAUCUAUUCUGGAGGCUACCAAAAGAACCAGAUUUGAAUUGCUUUCCUUGGAUUUUAUGGUUUAUUUGGAAGAAUCGGAAUGGAAAAAUUUAUAGGAAUCAGACAAGGGAUCCUUUCGAGCUCCUUCGGACGGCGGAAAUAGAAAGCGUCAUGUGGACGGAUUCACAGACUAAGGAUUCUCCAUCGGUGGGAUCGUCAUACGAUGUGGAUACCCUUGGUAUGGGUGACAUAAGUAGGUGUCAUUUAGAUGGAGCAUGGAGAGCACAAGAUGUGUGCACAGGACAAGGAUGGGUUUAUAAAGCAGGUGGAUCAACUGAUACUAUGAUGGGGGCCAUGUCUAUUCGCAAAAGUCUAUCACCUUUACAUGCCGAAUGUGAAGCGUUGAUAUGGGCGAUGGAGUGCAUGAAGACCCUACGAAUCUCAGAAGUGGUGUUUGCAACUGACUGCUCUCAACUGGUGAAGAUGGUGUCUACACCAACAGAAUAGCCGGCGUUCACUACACAUAUGGAGGAGUUUCUGCGAUGUAAGGAAUUUUUUCAUCCCUUUACUAUUCAGCAUAUUCCGAGGGCACAGAACACAAUGGCGGAUAAGUUAGCACGAGGUGCUAGAAAUCAGCCUGCAGCUAUGGUUUAUGUUGAUUCGAUUCCUCCGAGGUGGCUCUUGGAUCAGGAAUCUACUUAGUUUGUCUCUAGCCUUUUGUUGUAAAAAAAAAAAAAAAAAAAUCCAUAGAAGAAAAUUGAAAACCGAUGUCAGCUCUUGGUUUUCUUUUUUGUUUUGUCAUCAUCUCUUGGUUUUCAUAAAAGUAAUUAUUUAUAUUCUUGAUAUGAUGGGUAUGUUAUUUUUUAUAUGCCGCAUUGUGUGUAUUAGAUACAAAUUUUAUAAGCUAAUUUUUGUCAGUUGUUUUAUUUUCUUUUGGCUUUCAUCGUUCAACAAAAGUAUUGCAGAGCUACUCACAAACUCACUCUCAGCACGUGAAAUAAUUUGAAGCUUCUCAAUUCAUUUCACAUCACUUCUUAAUACGACACCGUAUGGCGUGAAGAAUCUGCUCCUCUCUUGCCCUAAAGCUGAGUUAAG